AUGGCUCAUCAGCCACAACACCCGGCCCAGUGGCCCCACGAUCCUACAGCGCAUCCUCCACCUGGACGAUGGCACCUCCAGGGGCCGCCCCAUGCAUGGAACGGGGCGGCAGCUCUGGAGCAGCAGCAGCAGCAGCAGCCGCCGCGGCCUCCUCAGGCGACACCCGCCCCGCCCAACAUUCUCGACGAACCGCUCACCCUACAAGUGCCGGCGCAGUCGACUGUGACGGCGCCCCCGAUCCCCCCGAACCCCGAAAAGGACGCGUUGUUGAGGCAGCUGGCCCAGACGCUGGCGUUGAUGCGGCAGCGUAGCCGGCAGCAAAACGAGUCGAGCAUGGCGGGCCUCAAGGCGCAAAGGAUGGCGAUGCAGGCGGCGGUGCCGGCUCUGCAGUCGGAGAUGAGCCAGCUGACACAGCUGUCCAACCUGCUCGCGUCCAACACGCACAUUCUCCACGAGGCGCUGCACAAGGCGGACGGGGUCAUUGAGGGCUCCAAGGACCAUCCGGCGCCCGACGUUGACGAGCUACUGGUGGCCCCGACGGUGGUGUCGAACCAGCUGUACACACUGGUGGCAGAGGAGCGGGCGCUGGGAGACGCCAUCUUCAUGCUGGGCAGGGCCGUUGAGCGAGGGCGGAUCUCGCCAGCCGUGUUUGCCAAGAUGACACGCUCGCUGGCGCGUGAGUGGUACCUGAAGAAGGCGCUGGUGAGGAAGAUUGGCGUGGGCAUGGGCAUCAGCGUGGCGUGA